UCCUACUACAAACGGCGACAUCAACAGUUGGUGCAGCACCACUCCCCACCCUAAACCUUGUCGGGUUUUCAUGGGCGGACCCCACGGUUACAACCCAAAGCGUCGAGAAGAGUUUAGGAACAUGGCGGUCAAGGUCGCGAUGGAACAAGCACUCUCAACCUAUGUGAAUGCUCAAAAGUACAAUAAUAAUUUAAGCAAACGUGCAAAGGCUGCAUGGCUCGAUUGUCAACGCCUUGUAAACAACACCAUUUCACAACUCAGUAGCACAUUCUCGGGCCUCAACACAAACGGAAGCAUCACAGAUUUCGACGCUCAAACAUGGCUAAGCACGGCCUUAACGAACCUCCAAGUAUGUAAAACCGGUUCUAGGGAACUAAAGGUGUCAUCGACUCUAUUCUCCGAUGUGGCAUCUAGUAACGUAACAGAGCUUAUCAGCAAUAGUUUGUCCAUAAACGGGGGCUUUCUUGACAAACAAGAAACUCCUAACGACGACGUCGUCGACGGGGAAUUUCCAAGUUGGGUGUCGAAAAAUAAGAGGAAGAUGUUACAAGACGCGGCACUGGCUUCCCAAGCCAUCGUGGUUGUGGCUAAAGAUGGAUCGGGGAAGUUCACAUCGGUUCAGAAGGGAAUAAACUACGCAGUUUCGAAGAGAGUCGGGAGUAAACGAGUGAUUGUUUACGUGAAAAGAGGUGUGUAUAAAGAGAAUGUGGAUAUCACAAGUCUAAUGGGUAAGAUCACAUUAGUUGGUGAUGGUUUAAGGUAUACGAUUAUCACCGGAAGUAGAAGUGUUAAGGGAGGAUACACAACCUAUAGUUCUGCCACCUUUGGCGUAGAAGCGGCAGGAUUCAUUGCCCGUGGCAUUACAUUUCGAAAUACGGCAGGACCAAAGGGUGCACAAGCUGUGGCCCUCCGAUCAUCUUCCGAUCUCUCAGUCUUCUACGCAUGCGGAUUCGAAGGUUACCAAGACACAGUUUUCGCCAUGGCCCAACGACAAUUCUACAAAUUGUGUUACAUCUACGGCACAAUAGAUUUCAUCUUUGGUAAUGCAGCCGUUGUUUUCCAAAACUGCAAUAUCUACGCUAGAAAGCCUCUAAGCGGCCAAUCAAACGUGAUAACCGCACAAGGACGUGGCGACCCGAAUCAAAACACGGGCAUCUCAAUCCACAAUAGUCGGGUCAUGGCAGCCCCGGAAUUCAAAACAUCGAUAGGGUCCGUGGGCACGUAUUUGGGUCGACCCUGGCAACAAUAUUCGAGAACGGUUUUUCUAAAGACUUAUUUUGAUACGUUGGUGAAUCCGGGCGGGUGGUUGGCUUGGGGCAAUACAAAUUUUGCUCAAAGUAGUUGUUAUUAUGGGGAAUAUAAGAACUUUGGACCGGGUUCAUCUACUACAAAACGGGUCAAUUGGACCGGUUAUCAUAAAAUUACUGAUGAUAACGUGGCAAAGAGAUUUACCGUCGCUAAUUUGAUUGCCGGCGCCGCGUGGUUACCGGCUACUGGCGUGCCUUUUAUUUCUGGUUUAUAA